AUGCCUCGUCAUUCGGAGAAGCCGAAGCCAGUGAGCGUGUACGUGCGAUGCAGACCCCGGAACAGCUCAGAAAAGAACUCAGGAUCACCUUCUAUUGUGCAGUGCUCAAAGAAAGAGGUGGUAAUAAAGCAUCACAACACUAACCUCAACAAGAAGUACACUUUUGAUCACGUGUACGGUCCGGAGUCCUCCCAGGUGGACGUUUACAAAGGUGUAGCACAAGCUACAAUAGAGGAGGUGCUACAAGGAUACAAUUGUACGGUAUUCGCAUACGGUCAAACGGGAACCGGCAAGACUUACACUAUGGAGGGUGAAAGAAGUGCUGGCUCUAGUCUACCUUGGGAAAAGGACCCCAAAAUAGGUCUAAUCCCUCGGUGUAUGUCCCACUUGUUCGACCGACUGAACAGUCAAGCUAGUGACUUCUCAGUUAGGAUCAGCAUGUUGGAACUUUACAACGAGGAGCUGUUUGAUCUGCUGUCCACUAACAGCAGCAACGUGACUAAGUUGAAACUGUUUGAGGAUUCCACCAGGAAGGGAUCAGUAGUAAUUCAAGGAUUGGAGGAGGUACAAGUGAUGAACAAGGACGAAGUAUACCAUGUGAUGGACCGCGCGAUGCAGAAGAGGCGCACGGCGGAGACACUGCUAAACGCCACCUCUAGUAGAUCACAUGUGGUGUUCACAGUUACAGUUCACAUCAAGUCUGUAGCUGAGAAGGAGGAUAUUGGGGAGUGUGAGGAGGAGGUCUUCAAGAUGGGCAAGUUCAACCUGGUUGAUUUGGCAGGUUCAGAGAAUAUCGGACGGUCAGGUGCGGCGAACGCGCGAGCACGUGAAGCUGGCAACAUAAACCAGAGUCUGCUGACCCUGGGUCGGGUUAUUACAGCUCUAGUAGACAGAGCUCCUCACAUUCCCUACAGGGAGAGUAAACUUACUCGUUUAUUACAGGACAGUUUGGGAGGACGAACCCAGACAUCUAUCAUUGCAACAGUCUCCCCGGCAGCCUGCAACCUAGAGGAGACACUCAGCACCCUAGACUACGCUAACAGAGCUAAGAACAUCCUGAACAAGCCGGAGGUUAACCAAAGAUCCUCCAAGAAGACUCUGAUUAAGGAGUACACUGCGGAGAUAGAGAAGCUGAAGAAGGAGCUACAGAACAGCAGGGACAAAUCUGGGGUUUAUCUGGAGGUCGAUAAGUUCAAUGAGAUGGAAUGUCGGAUGAAGUCACAAACCCAGCUGAUAAAAGAGAAGGAGGACGAGCUUUCCGCACUGAUUGAAGCCCGAGAGAAGAUAUCCAGUUUGUUCCACUACAGUAUCAAACAGAUUGAUGGUCUUCACAAGAAGAUAGACAGGAAAGAGAUGGUGGAGUCUCAAAACAAAACUCUCAUUAACAACUUCAUAACGGACACGAAGAACCGAUAUGACAUGUUCGAGGAGUUUGUAACUCAGAGCAACAGUCAGCUCUCAGAUAGAAACAAGGCUAUAGACAGCCUGCUCCAGGAGUCCAACAGUAAGAACAACGAGUACAGGGAGAAGCAGAGAACAUGUUUGAACCAGCUGAUGGAAACUGUUGUCAGUGGGUUGGAUACUGCUGUUGUUAACAGGGACUCUAACCAUGAGCAAUGGUUGAAAAGUUUUUUGACGAACGAGCUGAUGCCGGCUAUUCAGAGGACUAUAUCCAGCGUACAGGAUCUAGAGGGACACUGUGAGCAAACCAAUGCUUCCUACAUACAGAUGCUGGAGAAGGAGCACCAGACGUUUAGUUCUAAAUUGGAAGAUUUCGAGCAAGCUCUCAAAUACAUGACGAGUUCGGCGAUCAGGGAAUGUACUAAGAUAGUUCAGACUUGCGAGCAGAAACAGGAACAACACAAACAACUGUUUGAGGAACAGGAACGUACGAUCCAGAGAGAGUACGACCUCAUGCAAGACAAGAUCGAGAACAUGAACCAGCAAUUCACAGACAAUCUAGCUGAGCUAAGUAAACAAACCACUUCCGCCUUCGCUGAUCUCUUCCAGAGCUCUCUUGACGGACGAGCUAACAUUCAGGGCAGCGUCAAAAAGUCGGGAGUCAUGGUGACAGACGAGGACAAGGAGCUCCAAGAAAACGCAUCAGAACUGAUAACAUCUCUAAAACAUGGUACAGCUAGUGUGGUUGAAGGUCACAUAAAACUGUUUAAAGAACAAAACGGUCUCAAACCCAAGCUGAUCUCUGAUGUGAAAUCCAACCUUACAUUGACACGCUCAAAGUUUGCCUCUGUCAGAGACUCUUGUUCUCAGAAAGAUGCCCUGGUAAAAAGAGUGGCUUCCGAGCAUUUCAACCAAGUUUCCAGCUCGCGCAGUGCCACUCUGACAUCACAUCAGUUGCUACUGUCAAAUGGAGACGUGUUCCCACAAGAGCCGCACUUGCACUACAUAUUUGAGAAGCGCUGCGAAUCUGACAUGAUUACUGUGGAACAGGACAGCGAGCGACUCAGCAAUCUUCAAGCUCUUGCGAAGGAAGCCUCCAAUCUAGUGGAAAACGGCGAUGCUACCUGCCAACAAUCUAGAGGCCUUAUUUCCGAAGCUGGGCAAUCACUUCAACAUCUGGGAAAACAUGUUCGAGAAGAUCUGCCAACUGGUGCAACACCAAAACGGGCCAAGUUGAACAGACUGAAGCUUCAACAAUCGGCUGAUAUCAGUUUGAGUGUGAUAGAGUCUGACGAUGAAAACAGCGACCCAAACAAGAAUCCUGCAAAUGCAAUGGACGUGUCUUACUGAAUACUGUGUUUGAGUAAUCUUGCAGCCUGUGUGGCUGAUUAAUAUCGUUAAAAUAGUUAUGAAACUGACAGGUUUAUUGAACUUGGAUGCUGAAAGAAAACAAGAAGCAUGCUGACAUUUCUGCCGGUAAACCUUUCUGUCAAUCCGGAUCAAUUGUUAGCCGUGGUGUUAAGUGAUGAUGUUAAUUUAUAAAAAAUGUGUUUCCUUGAGAUAAUUGAUAGCUAAUUAAAAUUCGAAAUUGACCUAAUUUUGGUAAUAGGAUUAACUUUAAAGUUCAAAUAUUCAUUUUCAUUGUAUUCUCCACUUGAAUUUGGUUACUAAUUGUAUCGCGAGUGAUGUGUUCAUCGCUCAAUGUUUCAAGAAUGUAUUUGUAAUUCAUCCGAAUCGUUUUAUGUUCGAAUUAUGUUUCGGGAAA